GCGUUCUUGGUCUGUAUUUGCUUAAUACGGUACCUGUCCAUCAUGUCUGUAAUCAGAGAAUGGAGUCUUGAUGAUGAGAUACGAUUACUCAGUCUAAUCUGUGACUAUAAGCCUGCUGGUGCAAACAAGCACAAGAAUAUGGUGUCAAUCAUAGACAGCAUCAACAAGGAUGCUCCCAAACCGUUCAGUGCAAGCGAUAUAUGGGCAAAAUUGGAGACCCUCUACAAUCUCCCCAAGCUCGAUUCGCUCGAAGACUACAGAGAAAGUGAAGCUGAAGCUGAGGAUGAAGAGCAAGAGAAGGCAGAGGAAGACGAAGAAGAGGAUACAAAGGCUGGCGACAGUGGAGAAGAACAGGGAGUAAAGGAUGAGAAGGAUGAGAAGGAUGAGAAGGAUGAGAAGGAUGAGAAGGAUGAGCCGAAAGAGAGCAAGGAGAAGGAGUCCAAAGUAAAGAGUGACAAGAAGCGAGUCAGCAUCAAAGACGAGGCCAAGGAUGACUCGUCUGGGUUGAGUGAUGUUGAUUCGGACUCCUCGAAUGAAGGGGCAUCUACUCAAGACACUGACAAGAACAACAGAGGCUCCAGAGGUAACACAGAAGAGAUUAAUAACAGUGAAGAGGACCUGAACCAAGAAGACGAAGAAGAUGAAGGAAGCACCAAGAGGCGGAUCACCAGAGGGGUCAAGAAGAACUUGCCAGAAAAGCCUCGGCCAACAAAGAAGCGCACCCGGUCCUUGGCCAAGUUGGAUCUGGUGGAACCGGGACCCAAGCGAAGGAACUCCAGAGCUGCCACUCCUCCGGUGGCCAAAACCAAGAGGCGAACUCGGUCAGGGACACAUCCACCUCCUGAGGAGCUGGACGAUUCUGACGGAAAGAAAGAGGAUGAAGACGAUGACGACAACGAGGAGCAGGAGACUCCCAAGCCUGCAACGCGGAGAAACACCAGAUCCAGCGCUCCCCCUCCUAAGAUGCCGGUGAGAAGAAGUACCCGUAAGAAGUGAGGAUCGUUGAUCCCAACAAAGAAUCGAAGAACCAAUGCUGAUGUUCCAAGAACGCUCCGAUGAGGAUAGACUCGGAAGAACUGAGUGCUCACUACAGUGAUAGAAACCAGCAUUCUUGUCGAAGAACCUCUCGCACUCUAUUUCCACUGUAACAUGUACAUAGCUGUAUUAUAUUCCAAAAUGU